AAAAAAGUUGACAUGAUGAUUAGUUAGUAAUUGGAAGUGAAAUGUGGAAGAAGUUAAUUUGUGCUCUAGUGCUAGCGGCCUUUUUGGGCCUGCAGACGGUUAACGGUCUGUAUUGCUACACCUGCGAUUCGCCGAGCUCCUGUCGCUCCCCCACCUCACAGUACUGCAACGUACAAACUGCCAACACGACCAGCGAUUGGCUGAGAAGGCUUCACAGCAAUGUUCCAAGAACCGUGAGCAAUUCCUUCGAGUGCCUGAAUCUAACAUAUUACUACCCCCAAAACAACGUCAUAACCCAAGAGAUUCUGGGUUGUUACUUUAGUUCUAUAUCAGUUUGUUAUUUAUUUAGGAACGAGAAUAACAGCUAUGACUGGGAUAAGUCCUGUUACUUCUGUGGUUACGACAAUUGCAAUCAUCGCAAUCCGGCGGGAACUCUUAGCAAGAGCAGCUUUACCAUUCUAUCAUCAGCUUGGCUUCUGAUCCUAGCCAAAAUAUUCAUAUAAGGAAUCUGAUUUGCUUUUUUAAAUA